CUAUGGCAUCCUUUAUCUUAACCUUCCAGUCAGGUGAUAGCAAGCUUCCACCAUUUCUUAUUUUCUGGAUUCUUAUUUGGACAUACAUAAAUUGAUUUGGACAUGGAUCCCAGCAGCAGUGCCCAGGAUGUGAUCAGAUGUGACCUUUGUGAGACAUCUUUAGUACAGAUGUACUGUGAUUUCUGUCAUGUCAACCUUUGUAAACCCUGUAUCGGAGAACACAUUGCUGAUGACUAUAACAAACAUCAAAUUGUUCCAUUUCAGCAAAGGAAAUCCACCUUAAUUUAUCCACAGUGCAAAACACAUGAAACAAAAAGAUGUGAAUUUCACUGUAAAGAAUGCAACACAUCUGUGUGUUCUUUAUGCAUUAUAACUGAUGCACAUAAGGGACAUACCAUUUCAACUCUUUUGGAUAUCUUUAAUUCAAAGAGAGAAAUCAUUGGGUAAGAUACUGAAGAGUAAGAACAAAUAAUUUCUCCCACCUAUGAAGAAAUUGCCAUUGAUAUAGAAACUCAGAUUGCUAAUCUGGAUGGAGAAUAUGGAAAACUUUCAACAGCUGUAACAAAACAUGGAGAAGAAUGGCACAAAGAAAUUGACAUCAUUGUCAACAAACUGACAACAGAAAUUGAGGAAGUAAAAAAUAAACAUCUAAGCAUUCUGAAGAAACAUUUUGAUGAAAUUAAACAGAUUAUAAAUCAAAUUGAGCAAACUUUGCUUCAGUUAAAAAGAAUAGAUGAAUCAAAUGAAGUGCCUUUGACAAUGGAAUACAGUUCUAAAAGCGAAGCAUUAAGCAAACUUCCGCCUAAAGUGAAGAUAUCACUGCCUGUGUUCAGUCGAAAGGCUAAAGAUACAGAACAUCUUUAUACAUUGUUUGGAUCUUUAUCACAAUUAUCAACCAAAACAGAAGAAAAUGGUUACAAACUGAAGAAAGCAGAGAUAUCAUCCAGAGAACUGCUGGAACCAGAACUUAUAACAACAAUAAUUUCUGGGUAUGAAAAACUCCGUAGUGUUGCCUGUCGUAGUGAAGAAGAAAUUUGGACAAGUGGAUUUGUCGAUGAUAUGAAAUGCUUCAACAUUCAAAGCUCACUUAUAAAGACAAUCAAAACAAAAACAGGGAAAAGUCCAAAUGAUAUAGCAGUGACAGGUAAUGGGGAUCUAGUGUACUCUGAAUGGGAAACAAAGACUGUGAAUAAAGUGAAGAAUGGACAGACAGAGGAGAUGAUCAGACUACAGGACUGGACACCUCUUAAUCUCUGUGUCACCUCCUCUGGUGAUCUCCUGGUUACCAUGUACAGUGAUGAUAAAACACAAUCUAAAGUUGUCCGUUACUCGGGCCCCAAAGAGAAACAAACAAUACAGUUUGAUGAGGAGGGUAAACCUCUGUAUUCAGGAAAUAGCAAAAUUAAAUACAUCAGUGAGAACAGAAACCUCCGAUUUAGAUACACUGGUCAUCCUUCUGCUACAAAGAAUGAACCAUUUAAACCCUGGGGCAUCACAACAGACAGCCAGAGUCAGAUCCUAACAGCAGACUACCAUAACCAUUGUAUCCACAUCCUAGACCAGGAUGGACAGUUCCUCCGUUAUAUAGAUAACUGUGAUCUGAAGAUACCAUAUGGUUUAUGUGUGGACAAAAAUAACUAUAUGGACAUGGAUCCCAGCAGUAGUGCCCAGGAUGUGAUCAGAUGUGACCUUUGUGAGACAGCUAUAAUUGCUAAUCUGGAUGAAGAAUAUGGAAACCUUUCAACAGCUGUAACAAAACAUGGAGAAGAAUGGCACAAAGAAAUUGACAACAUUGUCAACAAACUGACAACAGAAAUUGAGGAAGUAAAAAAUAAACAUCUAAGCAUUCUGAAGAAACAUUUAGAUGAAAUUAAAAGGAUUAUAAAUCAAAUUGAGCAAACUUUCCUUCAGUUAAAUAGAAUAGAUGAAUCAAAUGAAGUGUCCAUGACUAUGGAAUACAGUUCUAAAAUCGGAGAAUUAAGCAAACUUCUGCCCAAAGUUAAGAUAUCACUGCCUGUGUUCAGUCCAAAGGCUAAAGAUACAGAACAUCUUUAUACAUUGUUUGGAUCUUUAACAGAAUUAACUACGAAAACAGAAGAAAAUGGUUACAAACUGAAGAAACCAGAGACAACAACCAGAGAACUGCUUGAAGAACCAGUACUUAUAACUACUAUAAAUACAGGGGAUGGAAACCUCCGUAGUGUUGCCUGUCUUAGUGAAGAAGAAAUUUGGACAAGUGGAUCUGUCGAUGAUAUGAAAUGCUUCAACAUUCAAAGCUCACUCAUAAAGACAAUCAAAACAAAAUCAGGGAAAUGGCCAGUUGACAUAGCAGUGACAGGUGAUGGGGAUCUAGUGUACUCUGACUGGGAAACAAGGACUGUGAAUAAAGUGAAGAAUGGACAGAGAGAGAUGAUCAGACUACAGGGCUGGGUACCUAUACAAAUCUGUGUCACCUCCUCUGGUGAUCUCCUGGUUACCAUGUUCAGUGAUAAUAAAACACAAUCCAAAGUUGUCCGUUACUCAGGCUCCACAGAGAAACAAACAAUCCAGUUUCAUGAGCAGGGUAAACCUCUGUAUUCAGGAAAUGACAAAAUUAAGUACAUUAGUGAGAACAGAAACCUGGAUAUCUGUGUGGCUGACUGUGUAGCUGGUGCUAUAGUGGUGGUCAAUCAAGCGGGAAAACUCCGAUUUAGAUACACUGGUCAUCCUUCUCCUACAAAGAACAAACCAUUUAUACCUUAUGGCAUCACAACAGACAGCCAGAGUCAGAUUUUGACAGCAGACUGUGGUAACCACUGUAUCCACAUCCUAGACCAGGACGGACAGUUCCUCCGUUAUAUAGAUAACUGUGAUCUGAAGGGAGCAUUUGGUUUAUGUGGGGACAAAAAAGACAACUUGUUUGUUGCUGAGUGGAGUGGAAAGCUUAAGAAAAUUAAAUAUCUUAGAUAGACAUGUAUUUAAGGAAUCACUGUCCAGUUAGGAGACUAUGCCAGGGCUUUGCCCGUUAUGCAAAUUAUCCCAUGUAUCCAACUAUUGUUGAUGUCCCUAGCAUACUGUCCUAACUAGACAGUGAUUCCUUAUAUUUCCAUUUUUACUUGAAAUAACAAUCUGAAAAUAAAUCGAAAUACCGUCUAAUUUAGUAGAUUUGAAAUGCACGAGGCCCCGUGACGUCAAAUUUUACUAUAAAGAAAUAGUCCCAUAAAAACAUGGAACAAAUUUAUUGAUUAUUUAUUGUUUUUUUCCCACAAAACACUGCCCACAAAGAUACUUUUUUGAAGUAUUUGACCUCCAAGUCAACAUUGACAUAUGUCAAGCACAUACAAAUAGUAAAUGACCUUGGUCAACCAUGAGUUAAAAUAUCUAGUCACAACGUCAGGACCUCGAGUUAAUUUCAAUAUGAUCCUGUUGGACAAACGACACUAUGUGAACUGAGUCAUGACCACAGGUAUAACAAGAGUAGUCCUUGAAACUUCAAAAUCAAAACUCAAAUAAGUAAAUUAACUUCCAAUCACUCAGUCCGAGACAUGACAAAACUAAAACAUUUCAUGUCAAUCCAUUUUUAUUUGUAAU